GACGGUUGUACUAGAUUGUCUCGAAGGUCUCUUCCAACUUUAAUGUUUGUAUGAAAGCAAGCGGACUUGCGGCUGCGUAAACGAGGCUCUUGUGGAAGCACACCCCGAAGCCCAAAGGCAGCGCAGUGCCCGCCCCGGGUCACGGCCGCGCUCCCUCAGCCGCGGGUCCCUUUCCGGCGCCGCCCCGCCCGGCGCUGCCACAUCCUCCGCUGACAUCAGCCCGCGCCGCCAUAUUGAGCCGCUGCCGCCGCCAGCGCGGCCGCCCCGGGACCGGCCCGCUCCCCAUGACUGCCCCCGGCCGGGACGCGUAGGGCGGAGCGGCUCCAGCCCGGCCCGUGCCCUCCCCGAGCCGCCGCCGAGCCCCGCUGUCUCCCCGCCACCAUGACUUCCCUGACCCAGCGCAGCUCCGGGCUGGUGCAGCGCCGGACCGAGGCCUCCCGCAGCGCCGCCGCCGCCGAUAAGGAGCGGGGCGCCGGCGGCGGCCCCGAGGAUGAAGGGCGCCGGGACGAGUCCGGCGACGACGAGAAGGGCGAUUCCAAGGAAACGCGGCUCACCCUCAUGGAGGAGGUGCUGCUGCUGGGCCUCAAGGACCGUGAGGGUUACACGUCGUUCUGGAACGAUUGCAUCUCCUCAGGACUGCGUGGCUGUAUGUUAAUUGAAUUGGCAUUGCGGGGGCGUCUCCAGCUGGAGGCCUGCGGAAUGAGGCGCAAAAGUCUGCUAACAAGAAAGGUGAUUUGCAAGUCAGAUGCUCCUACAGGGGAUGUUCUGCUUGAUGAAGCUCUGAAACACAUAAAAGAGACCCAGCCUCCUGAAACAGUACAAAAUUGGAUUGAACUGCUUAGUGGUGAAACAUGGAACCCACUGAAGCUGCACUACCAACUACGAAAUGUCCGUGAGCGAUUAGCUAAAAAUCUAGUGGAAAAAGGUGUACUGACAACAGAGAAACAGAACUUCCUUCUUUUUGACAUGACUACACACCCUCUCACCAACAACAACAUCAAACAGCGCCUCAUCAAGAAGGUUCAGGAGGCAGUUCUUGACAAGUGGGUGAAUGACCCCCACCGCAUGGACAAGCGCUUGCUGGCACUCGUGUAUUUAGCCCACGCCUCAGAUGUCCUGGAGAACGCCUUCGCCCCCCUCCUGGAUGAGCAGUAUGAUUUAGCCACAAAGAGAGUGCGGCAGCUCCUGGAUUUAGACCCUGAGGUUGAAUGUAUGAAAACCAACACGAAUGAGGUUCUGUGGGCUGUUGUAGCAGCUUUCACAAAGUAACUGCAUUCAGACUGAAGUGUUCUCUCUUUUUUCAUGUAAACCAGUUGUUUCUCUUUUAUUGACUAUUCAUGUUUUCUGUAAUUUGUACCUUCUCACAUGACGAAUCGUCUUUCGUUUAAUGGGGAUUAUAAUGGGUGUAUUCCCUGCUUCUCUAUCUGUAUACAGGAUUCUGCUGGUACAAGAGACUUCCUGUUUAAAACAACAGAAAAAAGGUUAACUGCCAUAUUGGCAUUCCAUUUCCUAUUCAGUUUGAGUUACCUUAAAUACUUUCUUUAAUUUCUCACCUCAUGGUUAUUGAAGUGGUUUGUCACCAAAGCUCCAUGUUGAAGUGUCUGUCAGGACAUUUUAUACACAGAUGUUUUCAAUUAUAUCUAACAAAAUUACUUUAAAAACAGAAAUGCCAUUAAGCAGCUUUGUUAGUAGUUCCUGUAAAAUGCCCCAUAAAUUUUAAUUUUCAUGCAAGUCUCUUGUGUACUUAUAUUUUCAUUAGAACGAUAGCUGAAUCAUAAGGCUAGUAUAGAAAGGUCCAAUUGUUUCAUAAACCAGUUUUAGGAGGGGAUACAUUCCAUUAUAUUGUAUAUAUAGUUCAAAUUGUAUAUUAACAACUGCUCCAUCUUAGUAUUUUGCAAGAUCUACUUACUUGUACACCUGGUGCCCCUUAUUUGCUGUCAGCCAUUGCCGUCAGAUGCAAAGAAAGGCCUCCUGCAGAGGUCCUGUGUGUGAAAGGUGUUUGUUUCCAGGGUCUCUGGAGUUUGCCAUCCGGGUAUUCUCGGUCUAUGCAUUGCCUUUGAAAAUUAGUGAAUGGAAAGAGAUUGCUUUAUAUCAUUGGUACUUUUUUCUUUCCCUCCACUUCUGUAUGGAAGAGACUCACAAUUCUUGAUUGCAAUUUUCAGUUUUGUACACAAAUUAAUGUUUGUCUCUUAAACCUUGAACUAUUUUACACUUCAAAAACAAAAAGUCAGUCCUAGCAGGUGUUGCAUGUAAAUGGUUAGCAAGUAAUGGCAGCAGUUCAGACAAUUCAGAUAUCUGUAAUGGGAUGCUCUGCUAUAUUUUAAUUUUUAUAUAUACAAUUAUGCUGAUUAGCACUCUAUUGUAAAAAAACCCCAAAACCUAUAUAAAACUCUGGCUUUUUAAAAUUUAUUGCCUCUUUGCCACUGCUUGUUAUUUUCCAUUGGUUUCACAGUGUAAAUAUUAUGCAUUGAAAAAAUUAAGCAUUGAUUUCUAUACAUUUUUUCAUCAUAACAAUGCAGAUUUAUAGUGGGGCUUACAGGUGUUUAGAAACCUUUUGAUUAUUAUUCAGAGCAAGAAUACUAGAUGGUGUAUAACUGUAGAGCUGAAAUUUGAGAUCUCUUAAUCUGUAUACUAGCUUUUUACCUACAGUUAAUAAACUAUGAUCUUGAAAGUGCCUGAAACAGAGUAAGCAUGUCACUUUUACUUUUUGUUGCUAAUUAGAAAGGUUUUAUUGUCUAACUGAAAGCUUUAGUGAAUAUCCUUCUUAUUAGAAAGGGAGAAUUUAUAUUAAGUAGUUCAGACUGACUUAAUCACUGGUGUUGCUCUGAUCUGCAGGAUUCAUGGCUGAGACAGGGUGAGUUAAUCUGGGGAGUGUGCAGCUGUGCCUGCCCUAGGUAGACCUCUUCAGUCUUGACCACAGCUCUACAGCCUCAUCUGUGACUGAACUUCCAAUUUUGCACUUGAUUUUCAAUUGUUGAGAUGCUUAAGUAGUUGACUUUAAGAUAGAACUUAAAUUCAUCAUACCUCUAUAACCUUUUCUAAGAAAGGUUCUUAAAAAUACAGUCCUUAACAUUUAAUGGCACACUGUUCUUUCAGUUCUUAAUGCUAUUUCUUUAGACAAAUGAAAUUAAAAGUAUAUUGUAAAGUAUUUCAAAUUCUGGUUUACAAAUAAAAAGACAAACAGUGUUCUCUCA